GACCCCGGUUUAGAUAAUUCCGUUAAGCAAGUAAUUGUCCAAGAAGUACAAAAUGCAGUAUCUGCUUCACAACAAGAUACCCUUAACCAAAUCACCGCCUUGAUAGAUAACAGACUAUCCACAUUCCAGGGAAAUAUUCAACAGUCUCAGCGAGAUAUCAGUCAAUCCCAGAUGUCCAAGAUUGAAGAGACUUUGUCGGAGAACUAUACUUUCCAACGGAAGGGGAACGAAAACCAGUACAUACAUGAGGUUAAAGUCCUGACGAAGUUGACGGAGGCAAAAUCAAAGUUAGACGGACCAGAUUUAUCCGUAGAAUCCAUUCAUCAAGCAAGAGACAAGAUUGUUGAAGGUAUGGCAAUUGUAAGAGACAGACAGAAACUCAUUAAACUUGCCGAUUCAUCCGAAUUGGGGUGGAAAGUCGUGAAGGAGUACACAACUAAUCCAAUUGCCGAUGACUCCGAAAAUGAAAAGAAGAUGAUAAGAGCACAAAAUAGAGCUGAACGUAGGAGCAAAAAUUACUCAAUCGAAACCAAGUGUCUACUAGAAGUUGAUAUACCUGUCUCGCCAGUAGGUAAAUUGAGGUCAAAAUUACAUGAAUGGAAAGCUAUUACUACUAGUACACAUAUUAUUGAUGUUAUUGAAAACGGUAAUAAGUUACCGUUAAAAACGGAACCAGAGGUAAAACAUUUAAAAAAUAACAGAUCAUCUUUAAACAAUGCAAAAUUCGUUGUUGAAGAGAUUGACAAACUUCUUCAAAAAAGGUGCAUUUCUGAGAUUUAUUCUAAACCAACUGUAGUGAAUCCACUUACAGUAGCAUUUAAUAAAAAUAAACCAAGACUAGUACUUGAUUGUAGGCAUUUGAAUCCACAUCUGUUUAAAUUUAGGUAUAAGUACGAGGAUACUAAGAUAGCAAGAGAUCUCUUUCAAAAAGGAGAUUAUUUAUUUAGUUUUGAUAUAAGAUCUGCUUACCAUCAUUUGGAAAUCUCAGAUAUACACAGAACUUUUUUAGGUUUCGCUUAG